AUGAAGAAGACGCUCGUCUUCUACGAGGGCAGGGCUCCUAGGGGUGAUAAAACCAACUGGGUGAUGCAUGAGUACAGACUCGAAGAGAGCGGCAAGCUCCUCGGCCCUGCAUCGGCAUCUAGCUUAGUCGCUAACGCCGUUGCGGCCAUGAAAGCUUCAGCUUCUACUGACAAGAAUGAGUGGGUGGUCUGUCGUGUGUUUGACAAGACCACUAGGAUCAAGAAGACGACUGCACCAGUGUACCAGGUGGCCAUGGCUGGCGCUGAGAUUGAUCAGAAUCAAAACAACAUCUUGGCCAUCCCCAUCCCCAUGCCGCUGCAGCUGCCACUGCCCGUGCCCAUGGCCAUGCAAUUUCCCAUCCUGCCAGACUUCGCCAUGGACCCGGUGGCCCCCUACUACCCCAACGGCGGUGUGGGGAUGCCGCCUAUGUCAGGUAUUGGUAGUACCGGCGGGCCGGCUUGA